CUCACCUGUGCAGGUAAGCUGCAGGCGCUGGACGUGCUGCUGCGGCGGCUGCGGGCGGGCGGGCACCGCGUGCUGAUCUUCACGCAGAUGACACGCAUGCUCGACGUGCUCGAGCGCUUCCUCACCUUCCACGGGCACAUCUACCUGCGCCUGGACGGCUCCACCCGCGUCGAGCAGAGACAGGCGCUGAUGGAGCGCUUCAACGCCGACAAGCGAAUCUUCUGCUUCAUCCUCUCGACGCGCUCGGGCGGCGUCGGCGUCAACCUGGCCGGGGCCGACACCGUGGUGUUCUACGACUCGGACUGGAACCCCACCAUGGACGCGCAGGCGCAGGACCGGUGCCACCGCAUCGGCCAGACCCGCGACGUCCACAUCUACAGGCUGAUCAGCGAGCACACGGUGGAGGAGAACAUCCUCAAGAAGGCCAACCAGAAGCGGCUGCUGGGGGACAUGGCCAUCGAGGGCGGCAACUUCACCACCGCCUACUUCAAACAGCAAACCAUCCGCGAGCUGUUCGACAUGGCGCCCGAGGAGCCGCCGAGGGAGCGAGGGGACAGGGACAGGGACAGGGACAGGGAUGGCGACGGGGACCGAGGGGACAGGGACAGGGACCGAGGGGACAGGGACAACGAGGACGACGAGGACCCCGCGGCCACCCGGAGGACGCACAUCCUGGAGCAGGCGCUGUGCGGGGCCGAGGACCCCGAGGACAUCCGCGCGGCCUCGCAGGCGCAGGCCGAGCGCGUGGCGGCGCUGGCCGAGUUCAGCGAGUCGCUGAGCCCCGAGGACGGCGCCGGCGCCGACGGCCCCGAGGAGGAGCUGAGCAAGGCCGAGCAGGAGAUCGCGGCACUGGUGGAGCAGGUGAGAAACACACCUGGGACAGGUGAGAGCACACCUGGGACAGGUAACACACCUGGGCUGACCUCCAAUGCGCUGUGCGGGGCCGAGGACCCCGAGGACAUCCGCGCGGCCUCGCAGGCGCAGGCCGAGCGCGCGCUGUGCGGGGCCGAGGACCCCGAGGACAUCCGGGUGGCCUCGCAGGCGCAGGCCGAGCGCGUGGCCCC